GUUAUGUGUUUUUAAUAGUAAAUAUUAUUUAAGAAUGUUUGUGUGUUUACAGUACAUGUGCGUUGUGUUUUUUUAUUUAUAGCGCCCUAUUCUGAAAUACCUGUUUGACAAGUUUAGUUGAAUGAAAUGCCACAUAAAUGACAAGGCACAGAGGACGGUAGCUUCAUUUGCUUUUUGCCUUCUGUCGUCAAGUUCUCACCAAGGACAGGAAGCGAUGCUUCGCUGGGUUUUGCUCGCUUUGCUCUUCGGUUUGUGUUUAAGCGCCGGGGAACCGAAAAAGAAGAAGGUGAAGCCUCAGUCCCUGUCAAGAGGAUGGGGGAAUAAUAUCACUUGGGAGAAAAAUUAUGAAGAAGGCCUGGCAAAGAUGGUUAAAAGUAAGAAGCCUCUGAUGGUCAUUCAUCAUCGUGUCGACUGCCCACACUCUCAAGCUCUGAAGAAGGCUUUCGUUGCUGAUAAGUCCAUCCAGAAAAUGGCCCAACAGGAUUUUAUCAUGCUCAACCUGGUGGAAGAGACUAGCGAUAAGAAUCUGGCACCUGAUGGCCACUAUGUUCCCAGAAUCCUCUUUGUUGAUCCGUCCAAGACUGUGCGCGUGAGCAUUGCAGGAAAGCACAGCCCGAACCGUUACACCUACAAACCCGAUGACAUGGCAAUCUUGGCACAAAACAUGAAGAAAGCCAAAGUCCUACUGCACGAGGAACUGUAGCACCAGACGGAGCCGCCUGCUCAGCACUAACAUGUUUACAUGCAGUCAAGAGAUCAAUAAAAGUCAAAUGUUCCAUUUA